AUGGCGAUCAAACUCUCGAUCCUCGUAUUCGUUGCCUCGCCGCUCGACUACGCUCGCUACAGGCACACAGCGCUAUACAUCGAGUAUGACGAUCCGGAGAAUGCGCAAACGCAAAGCACAGACCAAAGCGCAGCAUCCAUAAAAUCCUCCCUGUCAGAGGUCGUGGGAUCAACAGGUUUCUACAGUUACUCGGAGCGCCUAAACUGGGCGAUACCGGUGUCUUCGGCCAACGUGGCACGCAUAGUCCCCGUCUCGACUUUCGAUGCUGCGCCUGCUACCGUGCGGGAGACUAUAGCCAGUAUCCCGAUACCGGAGGAUGGGUCGUGGGGAGAUGAUUGGAAUAGUCAGGAUUGGGUGGCUGAUGUAUUAGGGAAGUUUGUGAAGAUGGGGGUUUUGGAUGGAGGCGUGCGGGAGCGCGCGGUGGAUGGGAUGGUUAGUGCAGUGUGUGAGGCUGGGGAUGAAGAGGUUUUGGCAUAG